AUGUGGCAGUUUACUAAUGAGGUGACGCCCUGCUCGGGCAGCACAUUGUCAGGUGGAAGAGGAAACGGAGACAGGCAGAGAGAGAGGUUUACAGUCUUUUCUGUCCUCCCAGCCAUGGACAGGAAGCAGCAGGAAGCAAAGAAGGCCAGGCCUUGCGGCCUGCUGAAGCCAACAGCUUUAAGGAAGAUCCCAGGCAGAUUCCACGUCCAUCAGGAAGCGCUGCCCCAUCUCCCCGUGCCGCCGCUGCAGCAGACGCUGGAGCGGUACCUGCUGGCUCUGCAGCCCAUCGUCAGCGAGGAGGAGCUGAACCACACGCAGGAGCUGGUGGCCGAGUUCUGCAAACCGGGAGGUGUUGGGGAGAGGCUGCAGAAAGGCCUGGAGAGAAGAGCCAAGAAAACAGAGAACUGGCUCUCAGACUGGUGGCUGAAGACAGCUUACCUGGAGUACCGCCUGCCCGUUGUGGUCCACUCCAGCCCAGGCUUGGUUUUACCCAAGCAAGAUUUUCUGGAUCGACAAGGUCAGCUCAGGUUUGCUGCCAAGCUGAUUGAGGGCAUCUUGGAUUUCAAGUCCAUGAUUGACAAUGAGACCCUUCCAGUGGACUACAUGGGUGGCAAGCCCCUCUGCAUGAACCAGUACUACCAUAUCCUCUCAUCCUGCCGCAUUCCCGGGCCCAAGCGGGACAGCAUCGUCAACUAUGCCAAGGGCAAGAGCCAGUCCAGACAUAUCACAGUGGUUCACAACUUCCAGUUCUUUGAGCUGGAUGUUUACAACAGUGAUGGAACUCCCCUUACCACUGACCAGAUCUUCGUUCAGCUGGAGAAGAUAUGGAACACCUCCCUCCAAACAAACAAAGAACCUGUUGGGAUCCUCACCACCAACCACCGAAACAGCUGGGCAAAAGCCUACAAUAACCUUCUGAAAGAUAAGACCAACAAGGAAUCCGUGCGUGCGAUCGAGAAGAGCAUUUGCACCAUCUGCCUGGAUGCACCCAUGCCCCGGGUGUCUGAGGACAUCUACAAGAGCUCGGUGGCCGCUCAGAUGCUGCACGGAGGAGGCAGUCGCUUCAACAGCGGCAACCGAUGGUUCGACAAAACCAUCCAAUUUAUCAUUGCUGAAGAUGGCUCCUGUGGUGUUGUCUAUGAGCAUGCUCCUGCAGAAGGCCCCCCUGUAGUUGCUCUCCUGGAUCACAUUGUGGAAUACACGAAGAAACCUGAGCUGGUAAAAUCACCCACAACUCCUCUGCCAAUGCCCAAAAAGCUGCGGUUUAACAUCACCCCAGAAAUCAAGAAUGACAUAGAGAAGGCAAAGCAGGACCUCAACAUAUUGGUUGAAGACCUGGAUAUCAAAGUCAUGGUCUUUCAUCAAUUUGGGAAAGACUUCCCCAAGUCAGAGAAGAUAAGUCCUGAUGCUUUUAUCCAGUUGGCCUUGCAGCUAGCAUAUUACAGGAUGUACGGCUGUGCCUGUGCCACCUACGAGAGCGCAUCGCUGCGGAUGUUCCGCCUGGGCCGCACAGACACCAUCCGCUCUGCUUCCGUGGCCUCCCUGAAGUUUGUGCAGUGCAUGGACAGCCCUGACAAACCGGACCAGGAGAAAGCCAACUUGCUGAGGAGAGCUGUCCAGGCCCACAGGGAGUACACUGAUAUGGCAAUAAGGGGCAACGCAAUAGACCGCCACCUCUUAGGCUUGAAGCUUCAAGCUAUCGAGGACCUAGUGAGCAUACCUGAGCUGUUCAUGGACACAGCAUAUGCUCUUGCAAUGCACUUCAACCUCUCAACCAGCCAGGUCCCAGCAAAGACAGACUGUGUGAUGUGUUUUGGCCCCGUGGUUCCAGAUGGCUAUGGAAUCUGUUACAACCCUAUGGAUGAACAUAUCAACUUUGCCAUUUCAGCAUUCAACAGCUGUGCUGACACAAAUGCAGCCCGCAUGGCACAUUACCUUGAGAAAGCACUGCUAGACAUGAGGGUCCUGAUCCAGUCCACUCCCAAAUCCAAACUGUAA